CGGGGCUCAUAACCCCGAGGUCACUCGAUCGAAACGAGUUGUUGCUAGAAUUUUUUAUUAUUUAUUAUCCCUAUUUAUUAUGUAAGCGCUCACCCCUGUCUCUUGUUCACUCGCCAGACAUGGCGGCGAAUGCGCUGUGGGCCCACAUCCUCCAGAAGGAUUCCAUCAUUCAAGACUCGACGCCACCGAUAAUCCCACCCUUGGCACCAAAAGACGCGACUGGGACGUCUAUGCGCAUGCUCAUAUACGACACUCAAUCUACAUUGGAGAAAUUCUCCGGGAGACUCGAUACACUUAUGACAAGGGUGGACGACUGCAGGAGCCAAGUCAUCAACGCCAACAAGUUACUGGAUCAUGAGCACGACAAGGUAGUCACGGAGAUGGUUGACAUCUCCUCCCGAUCCCAGAACGAACUCAAGUCACAUAUGGGAACCCCUGCGCAAGCUCAUGCGUUGGAGCUUACGCACGCGUCACAAGUGUCUACAGAAAACAGCAUUCGGGCACUGGAAAAGCGCAUAGACGCACUGCAAACGCUAGUUCAGUCGCACACAAGUGCAUUCGCAUCGAUUCAGGAUCAACAAAACGCGAUUCAAGCACAUCAAAGCACUCUGUUGGACACUGUGCUGCCCCUCUUACAGCUGCUACAAAAUCUGCCUUCGCAGUUCGACCAAUUGAAAUCCUCUCUGGCAGACGCUGUAUCGAGUGCUGAGGCUAAUCUUGGGACGAGCAUUGGCACCAUUAAAAACGCCAUCCCGCGUCUUGCAUUGGAUCACGCGCAACCAAAGCCUCCGGUGGGCCCUGAACUAACAUCCAAGCAACUUAACAGUACGCCACGGAAACGUACUAACGCAUUCCACGAAAUGGAAGGGCGUUCUAAGGCCACCGGAAACGCCACCUGUUCUACUCACUCUCCAAAGAGGACACGUCUCAGCCCAGCUCCGAAACGUGCCUUUCGCACACCUCGCUUGCCUGUUACAACCUCCAACGAGAAUGUGUCGCUCGCGCCCCGUCGUUUCACGAGUAUUAGCUCUGAGGAUGCUUCUCGUAUGCGGUCCAGGAAUUCGAUGCCCAAAUUGCUCAUGUCCAAACCAGAUAAUGAGAAGGCAGAGUCAGAGCGCAGCACUGUUCUGGAAAGAAACGCACCAAAAAAAUUUCCGAGCGUGAUUUCCAUAUCCUCAUCACCUCUUUCUGAUGCCGCGGCUCCUAUGCCACCCUGUCCCUCAGCUACCCUCGAUGCAGGAUCAUCCCCGGCAAUCAAUAGCACCGAGCCCCAAGCACGGAAGGAUUUCCGGAUUCUUCCACGAGUCAUCCUCUCUCACAAUUCUGUCAGGCCACCCAAUCAUCCCUUAGAUUUGACACUUCCACCACCAUCUGGCCAACAUGUGGUUUCAUCGACGCGGUCGCCACCGAAAUCUAUGAGUUUGCGUGACCGUCGUACCCAAAUGACACUGCUUGGGCGUGCUCGGACGAAACGGUUCAUACCCAUUGUUGCUUCAUCUGAUGAGGAAUCAUGACAUGAUAGCGCGUUCGCUUCUCAAUUUCGCAAACUAUGGACAGAUCGUAUCUGGACUUUCUUCCUUCCCUGCUUAGUGGUGCUAUCGUUACCAUUGUGAAGCCUGACACAGCCAUAAUGGUUUAGCAUGACAGAAGAGGAAGUUGCUUUCUCGAAAUCUUUAAAUUUCAGUCAUCCUCCGCAAGGGGCUUAAGCUCAGAGAGCUUGUCGCCACAGGAAGUUUCGGUGCUCGGAGGUGAUCUGUUCCUAAAGCCUGCUGGUCUCUGUGCAACGAUUUGUUGCGGCGCAACCGACUGGCAACCGUGCCCGACACGAAAAUACGCUAGACUGGUUCUAAAAAUAGUACCUUGACAAGUUCAGCACCGUAGAUUGACCGAUAUAGUAACUGCUAAUCCACAUGUACGUUCCUGGGG